AUGAAAAAUUGCGAUAAACAGCUGGUUUCCCCCAUCACAAAAGAUCAUUUCCUGUCCAUUCUUCUUGUUUUUAUAAACUUUACACAUUUUCUUCUAUUCUCUUUUCAUUUCUUUUUGUGUUUGCUUUACAAUUCAUGUCUCUCUCUCUCUCUCACUCUCACUCUCUCUCUCUCUCUCUCACACUCUCUUUCUCUCUCUCUCUCUCACUCUCUCUCUCUCUCUCUCUCUCACACUCUCUUUCUCUCACUCUCUCUCUCUCUCUCUCUUUCUUUUUUUUACCUAAAUUUUAUUUUUAUUUUUCAGUUUUUGUUUCAUUCUUUAUUAUCAUUGCUUAAUCUUGCAUUCUUUCUUUCUUUCUUUCUUUCUUUCUUUCUUUCCUUCCUUCCUUUCCUUUUCUUUCUUUCUCUCUUUUCUUUCUAUUUCCUUUCUUUCUUUCCUUUUCUCUAUCUUUCUUUCUUUUUUCUUUCUUUCUUUCUUUCUUUCUUUCUUUCUUUCUUUCCUUCCUUCCUUCCUUUCCUUUCCUUUCUUUCUCUCUUUUCUUUCUUUCUAUUUCCUUUCUUUCUUUCCUUUUCUCUAUCUUUCUUUCUUUUUUCUUUCUUUCUUUCUUUCUUUCUUUCUUUCUUUCUUUCUCUUUAA